GAACGAAUUAGGUGUCUCCAAAAUCACGAGUACAACUCUAUGGUACAACUAUUAAAAUGUAGGAUUUGUGUAUUUUCUUGCUUUUUUUUUUAUUAUUGUGCGGAAAAUAUUUGUUCGUUUUUAUUCUGAAAGGUGCGGCCCGGAAGUUGUUUAACGCGCCGUUGAAACAACUUCCGCGUUUCCUCUGGAGUAUAUUUUUGUAUCUCCAAGGUAAUGGGAACUGUCUAGCAGCACUUCACAAUGAACAGCUGUAGAAGAAUUGCCUGUCGUGAGUGGAAAUCCGGCCUGAACAUCGUCUUUUCUCGGGGCAAACCACGGACAAAUUGCCGCCGGUGCUCGGAGGCAGCACCGGCCCUCAGCCGGAGCCAGGCCACCGCCGCUAAACACGCUCCGGGCUCCGACACGGGAGAGAAACCCCGGCUGAGAGCGAUCGACCUGGCACGGAAGGUCCAGCAGGAGAGGGCGAAGCCACAGGCGGCAGAGCCGGAGAAGCUGUCCGGCCAGCAUAAUAGGGUGACGGAGCUGAAGCGGUUCAGUCUGCAGCUACAAAACGUUCAUCCUAACGUGCUGGCCAAACACCUCCACAGAGGCGUGCUGUACCAGGAUAAAGAUGUGGUUGUGAUCAACAAACCUUAUGGUGUUCCUGUCCGAGAUGACUCUGGGGUCACAUCCAUCUCCUCGGUGCUUCCUGUUCUCUCCAAAAUGAUGGCUGGGCUGAAGAUCAAGUCUGGUUCUCAGCUGCUCCCCUGUCUGGGACUGGAGAAGGACAUAUCAGGAGCUCUCCUGCUGGCCAGGAGUGAAGAAGUAGCAGAGCACGUACUCAGCCUUAACAGAAAUAACCAAGUGCAGAGGAAGUUCUGGGUCAUCACAGUUGGUGUGCCUGUGCCAUCCGAAGGAGUGAUUGACAUUCCCAUCAUAGAGAGAGAGGUCACAGGCUCUCAGCCACACUACAAGAUGGCUCUAAGUCCCCUUUUCAGAAUGAAUGAUGCCGGCGAUGGUGUGACCAAAGUCCGCGCCCAUCGGCAGGCCCAUCCUGCAGUGACCAGGUACAGAGUCUUAGACAGCAGCAGUGGUUGCAGCCUUGUGGAGCUCCAGCCUUUAACUGGAGUGAAGCACCAGAUGAGGGUUCACAUGGCAUUUGCUCUGACAUGCCCCAUUCUUGGUGACCACAAAUAUUCCCACUGGAGCAAACUGGCACCUCAGAAAUUACCGGAACGUGUGCUGGGAAAGCUUGGACUGGAACAGAGCAAGAUCCGGUAUCUUCCUCUUCAUUUGCUCGCUCAACAGUUGAUACUGCCAGGAACCAGUCAGGCCGACAUCAGUGUGUCCUGCCCCCUGCCUAAAUACUUCAUACAAACAUUAAAUCGACUGCAAUUAACUCUUCCUGAUAAGAAGGACUAUGAAUAAUCACCUCUUUGCUUUUUUGUAAAUCCUUUGCAAUCCAACAGAUGUCUCUGUUGCGAAGGAUUUCAGACUGCUACAUGGGGGAAUUUUUUAUUUUUUUUACCAUUUAAGUUAAAUGGGAAAUUAAAUUAUAUCAAGCUGGGUUAUUGUGAGGUUAUGUAAAAUGAUCAAACGCAGAAGAGAUUGUGUAGGAAAACGACUGUGCCAUACAACUUAUUUUAGUUAAUAAAGAAAUGGAACUGAA